AUGGUCGCAGCUCUCGGAGAAUCAACAGGCUCAUUCAUGCUAUCCAGGAUGCGAGACAGAAUGCUGCUAGACUCAACAGGCCGUAAAAUCCUCCAACUCCAACCCAUAAUCAACACUUCAACCCUCCCUGAUAACCUAUCAACCCUCCCACCAGGCACUUUCGGACACGAAUACCUCGCAUUCUGCACAACCCAUAACGUAUCAGCAGAUACCCGAACCCCCAUAAAAUACAUCUCGGAUCCAGAGCUCGCAUAUGUCAUGACUAGGUAUCGUCAAGUACACGACUUUUGGCACACAUUGUUGGGAUUGGGAAUUACUGUCCAGGAUGAAUUGGCGAUAAAGUGGUUUGAGAUGGUGCAGACGGGAUUGCCUGUGGCGGCGCUGAGCUCGUUUGUGGGGCCUGCGAGGUUGAGUAAGGCGGAACGAGACAUAUUAUUUGAUGUGUAUGUGCCAUGGGCGGUGCAGACUGGUGCCAGGGCGAAGUUUUUGAUGAAUAUUAUGUAUGAGGAGGAGUUUGAGAGGCCUUUGGAGGAUGUAAGAAAGGAUAUUGGUGUUUGGCCAGCACCGAUAUAG